AAUUAAAGGCUAGUACUGACUUCAUAGCCGUGAAAUUUCGCCAGCAACAUGCAUUUGGCUUGCCGUGAAAUGUUGCUAGCAACAUUGAUUGUCAAAUGAGAAGAAACGUCAAAAUGAAAAUUUAACAAAUGUAAACAAACAAAUUUAUAAGCAUCGCCCAGAAGCAAUUGGCAAAUUUUGGUUUAACUACAUUUAGCAGCAUUUGGGAAGUUUUGCGAGCUUCCAGCGCAACCACUAGCAUCCAGAAGAGUAGGUGCAUCACCCCAGAAGCAAUUACCAAAUUUUGGUUUAACUACAUUUAGCAGCAUUUGGGGAGUUUUGCGAGCUUCCGGCACAGCAACUAGCAUCCAGAAGAGUAGGUGCAUCACCCCAGAAGCAAUUACCAAAUUUUGGUUUAACUACAUUUAGCAGCAUUUGGGGAGUUUUGCGAGCUUCCGGCACAGCAACUAGCAUCCAGAAGAGUAGGUGCAUCACCCCAGAAGCAAUUACCAAAUUUUGGUUUAACUACAUUUAGCAGCAUUUGGGGAGUUUUGCGAGCUUCCGGCACAGCAACUAGCAUCCAGAAGAGUAGGUGCAUCACCCCAGAAGCAAUUACCAAAUUUUGGUUUAACUACAUUUAGCAGCAUUUGGGGAGUUUUGCGAGCUUCCGGCACAACAAAUAGCAUGUUGGAAGAAGUGGCUUGUAUGGCAGGAGCCCAAAUGGUGCUUUUGAUUGCGGAGGCCUUGAAGGCAGAGUCGCGUAAAGAAGUCAACAAAUUUUUGAGGGAAAGGGGAGAAAAGGGGCGCUUCGCAAAGGAUUUUGAUGACCUAGUGGCCAAUGAAAAACAGUUCAAGGAGAAUUUUCAUAUGGAUGUAUGUAGUUUCAACGAGUUGUAUGAGCUGGUUCAUCCUCAACUGCAACCUAAAAAGCGAACAAGGCCAAACGAUGAAAUUUCACCAAAGCAAAAGCUGGCUGUCGUGUUGGAGUUCUUUGCUUGUGGAACACUUCAACGGCAUGUUGCGUCUGUUUACCGUAUAAGCAAACAACACUUUGGAAUCAUUUUAACCGAAGUUUGCGACGCCAUUAUUUCUGCUUUAGGCAACGAAAUUCCACCGCUAACACCUGCAGAAAUACAACGUAUUGGAUACACAUUUAACAAGUGGAAUUUUCCCAAUUGUGGAGGUGCUCUCGAUGGCAAGCAUGUUGCCAUUAAGUGUCCACGAAAUUCUGGAAGCCUUUUUUAUAAUUAUAAGGGAUUCUUCAGCUUGGUACUAAUGGCUGCAGCAGAUGGUGACUACAAGUUUACCUACUUGGACAUCGGGGCAUACGGAAGCGAAGGAGAUGCCGGCAUAUUUCAAAAAUGUACCCUCGGAAAAGCGGUGCUUAGUGGAACACUCGCUUUUCCCGAAGCUGUUGAACGCCCUUACGUUUUUAUUGCAGAUGAUGCUUUUCCAUUGCACGUGCGGAUUAUGAAACCAUAUGUACCAUCGCGAAACAGGAGGCUGGAAGAAGAGCAUCAGAUUUUUAAUUAUAGACUUAGCAGAGCGCGGCGAUGCAUCGAAAAUGCAUUUGGAAUAUUGUGCUCGAAGUUCUACUGCCUCUCCAGAAAAAUGUUUUGCUCCCCGAAAAAAGCACAAAAAAUAGUAGUUGCGUGCUGCUAUUUGCACAAUUUCCUCAUAAGGACUCGUAGAGCUCAAUAUUGUCCUUCGAAUUACGCCGAUGGCUACAGCGAAUUCGGAGAAGUGAUAGGAGGCGAAUUUCGCCACCACAUCCCUGCCAACUCCCUUUUUUCGUCGGAAAUGCGCAGCGUUCAAGCUGGAAGGCUUCCACAAUCUGCAUCUCAAGUUCGAGAAAAUCUGUCUGCGUUUUUUAAUUCUGAAGAGGGAUCGAUAGCCUGGCAGCGCAGAGCAGCUUGUUUAGAUUAAAUAAGAAUGAUCACAAGACCGAAAGAAUUUCGUUUUCACUGGAUUGCAAUAUUCAAC